AUGGACGAUACAAGUACCGCGAGAAAUGCUGCGAGCAGAACAAGCUCUGCCGAAGUGAAGGCCGAGUCACCGGACGCGUCCAUCACCCAAAGCCCGCCGCCGCCACCACCACCACCACCACCACCGCCGCCGCCGCCGCAACAGUCAGCGCCGCCAAAGAGAACAGUAUGCGAUCACUGUCGACGGAGAAGAAUUCGCUGCGAUGGCAAGUUUCCUUGUGAGCAAUGCGUGCACGCUUCUCUCACCUGCAAGCGCGAGCAUGUCCCCAAGAAGAGGGGUCCGAAGCGCGGCCAUGGGCGGGUCAUAAACGAGCUGCGCGCGAGGGAGUCGUCACACAGACUGCAGCAACCGCUGGCGGGCCAGAAACAUUUCAUUGCAGAUAAUGAGCUGGAGAGUCCUACAGACACCGACAUCGGGAUGAGCGGUAGCGACCUAGGAGAGGCGUCUCAUUCUUCCAACGCCUCCGCAGCCUCGACCCCGCCGGGUUUCUGGGCUGCCGUCACAUCAAACCCGACACACAACAAUGUACCGGAGCCCAGAGGCAUGUUCUCCAGCGAUGAGCUGCGACCGAGGACGAGGAGCUAUCUGCACAUGAUCCCGCAGCUGGUCGAAUUAUACUACGAACACAUCUACCCAAUCAUGCCGCUCAUCUACAUGCCAUCGAUCCGCGAGACCAUCAGCCGGCCCAUGGCGCCGAGCGAGAAGAACCUGGUCUAUGCCUUGUGCGCCCUGACAUCAAUGCACAUGUCUGGCAAGAGCAUAGGUGCACCGGGCCCGACAUCGUGGGAGGUCGUCGGCCGCUUCUUCCUGGACGAGACCAUCUCAACGAGGCAUUCGUACGACUUCCUGGAGGAUCUGUCCCUGUUUGCCGUGAUUUCGUCGUUUUACCUCAGCACGUCGUUUUUCGAGAUUAACCAGUCGCGCAAAUCGUGGUACUACUUGCGAGAAGCGUUGACAAACGCACAGGACCUAGGACUGCAGGACGACUCGACGUACUACGGGCUGAGCCGCGAGGAGACGCUUUGUCGGCAGAGGGUUUUUUGGAUCUUGUUCGUGACGGAAAGGUCGUUUGCGAUUCUGCGCAACAAACCAAUCACGUUCAAGAGGACGCCGUCGCUGCCAACAACGCGGCACCCCUACGAAACUCCAGACAUCCACGCCGGGUUCCUGCAGCUCGUUUCUUCGUACACUCCGCUAGACGAAUCCUUCGUCACGGCAUGGAAUGAGGGCUCCGACCCCCGCGUCAGCGCGACGACGUUUUUGGCGCUGCAAAACCUUCUCGCCUUGCCGCCCGCAUUUCUCCGUCCCCGACGGCGGUCGACGCCGAGGCAGCAGCAGCACGAGCAGCUUAUGGACUCUUACGGCACAAGGUCUGCCGCCGCCGCCGCCGGGGAUUCGGGAGCGCCGGAGCCGACGGAUAUCCAAAAGGCGGACUUGCUCAUCACGCAGCAAUGGCUUCGUCUCAUUGUCUGGCAAUCGUCUAUGCGGCAAGGUCUGCUGAGCUGGACGAAUCCGGCCGACUCGGGUGUGGGUGGAUCAUCGGACACCGGAGCCGGAGAAGGAAACAGCAUGUGUUUCUCGUUUCCGCUGACAGUUGCGCGCGAUACCGCCUCGAUCCUGUCGAGCCUGCCGAGCAAAGCCGUCGAGGUGCACGGCAUGGGCAUCAUGGAAAAGAUUUACGAAAUCGGAACAUGGUGUGUCAACGUACUGGGCGCCUGCGAGAGCGUUGGCUUCUCGACAGCCAUGGACUUCACCUCUGGCGACAUGGGCGUACUAGGCAGCGGCAGGAAAGGGGCUAGUCUGGACCCGAUUGAAUUUUUCGUCCGGACACUGAGCGCGAGCGACAACUCACGGAAACAGUUCGCCGAGAAGCUGCUCACCGCCGCCGGGGAGAAUCCUGGAAGCAUGAGAACGCAGCUCAGUCCAGCCAUGUCCGGGAUGGGGGCCGCGGCGGCCGCCAUGAUGGCUAGCAGCCAACAAGGGCCCAAUGCGGUGGAGGCAGCAGGAUGGGGCCAACAGCGGGGCAGCGUCGUUGGUGAGGUUUUUGACGAGAACGAAGAGAGCAACAGCAACACGCAUCAUCAGCAUCAGCAUCAGCAACAGCAACAUCAACAAGAACAGCAACGGCAACAGCAACAGCAGCGACUGGACAUGGGCGGCACCCCGGUGCCUCGUCAGCCCGGCAUGGAAGGUAUGGGAAUGGGCAUCGACCUCGGCACCAGAGAGACGACUGGCGGUCUGGCUGGUGUAGACAUGGACACGAGCAGUGUUGAUUUGAUGAGCCCCCUAGGUUUGACAAGAAGCAAUACAUCUGACCUGGCGACCAUGGGCAUGCCUGCUUUCGAGACGAACUGGAGCCCCAGCAGCGGCGAUACGGGCCCGCGAGAGUACACAGACUACGGCACCGGGCCAUUCGCGACGCAGAGAGAAAGAGGGCCGCCAGGCUACACCGACAUGGGCAACGCAAUGUUGAUGCAUGAACGGAUGGCAGCCAGUGUGGGAGGCCCCGUUGGCGGAGCGAACCCUGUCAUGGUCGAGCGUCAGCCGCAUCAACUUGAGCCAGGAGAUGACGGACCUUAUGGUCCGAGGAGAGACGACAAGAACGGCGGAUACCAAAACGGGGGUAGGAUAGGCCUAUGGCUGGGGACAUGA